AUUCAGGAUGAGGGGGGGUUAUCCAUUGGCUAUUCGAGUGAAACAAAGACGCUGGUAGGCCAGAGACAACAGUGCACUGCGCAUGCUCGAUUAAGCGCGGUGCGCAAUGUUUUGAAAUCCACGAUGUCCAACAACAGUCGUCACUCAGACAUGAGCAGCUCGUACGUUACGUGCGGCUCGGAGGAACGAAUGGAUGUUGAAAUAGACGCUUGUCAUGCCGGAGGUAUCCGAGAACACAUGGAAUCGGCAACACGAGCGGCAUGUUCAUCAAACGGCAGCGGCGGGGAGGAGGAUGAAAUGGAGGCCGCGGAUCGUGAAAGAGAAGCCGCGGGCUCGAGUACGCCGCGCUCUGGGGAUGGAAUGGCGCAUGUCUGCGGCAGAGAGCAGGAGGUGUCGGUGGAAAUUGGGGAAACUUACCUCUGUCAGCGUGCGGACAAGACAUGGCAUUCAGCAGAGGUUAUUCAGUCCAGGCUGAACGAGCAGGAGGGAAGAGAGGAAUUUUAUGUCCACUAUGUUGGAUUCAAUAGGCGUUUGGAUGAGUGGGUUGGAAAGUCUCGUUUGGCACUGACAAAGACAGUAAAAGAUGCAGUAAGAAAGAGUGUUGAGGAGGGUGGUGGAGAGCUUGGUGACCAGCCAGAGAGGAAAAUCACCCGAAAUCAAAAGCGUAAACAUGAUGAAAUAAACCACGUUCAGAAGACUUAUGCAGAGAUGGACCCCACCACAGCAGCCCUGGAAAAAGAGCAUGAAGCGAUAACAAAAGUAAAAUAUGUGGACAAGAUCCAAAUUGGCAACUUUGAGAUUGAUGCAUGGUACUUCUCGCCCUUCCCUGAGGACUAUGGAAAACAGCCCAAGCUUUGGAUAUGUGAAUACUGCCUGAAGUAUACGAAGUAUGAGAAGACUUUCAGAUACCACUUGUCACAGUGUCAGUGGCGUCAGCCCCCAGGCAAAGAAAUAUACCGCAGAAACAAUAUCUCUGUAUAUGAGGUGGAUGGGAAGGACCAUAAGAUCUACUGUCAGAAUCUAUGUUUGCUGGCAAAACUCUUUCUGGAUCAUAAAACACUUUAUUUUGACGUGGAGCCAUUCAUCUUUUACAUCCUCACAGAAGUCAACAAACAGGGAGCACACAUUGUGGGUUACUUCUCCAAGGAGAAAGAAUCCCCAGAUGGAAACAACGUUGCUUGUAUUCUCACUCUGCCUCCAUACCAACGAAGAGGUUAUGGAAAAUUUCUAAUUGCGUUCAGUUACGAAUUAUCUAAGCUGGAGAGUUCAGUGGGUUCUCCAGAGAAGCCUCUAUCGGACUUGGGGAAGCUGAGUUAUAGGAGUUACUGGUCUUGGGUACUGUUGGAAAUUCUCCGGGACUUCAGAGGGACACUGUCCAUAAAGGACCUCAGUCAAAUGACCAGCAUCACACAGAGUGACAUCAUUAGCACACUACAGUCUCUGAACAUGGUCAAGUACUGGAAAGGUCAGCAUGUCAUCUGUGUCACACCCAAACUUGUAGACGAACAUCUCAAAAGUGCACAGUACAAGAAGCCACCAAUAACAGUGGACACACAUUGUUUGAAAUGGGCACCACCUAAACACAAGCAGGCAAAGCUCUCCAAAAAAUGAGGCAGAGUAUGCAUGACAAAACAAUGAAGAGAGUAAGACUUCUCCUUCACCCCAAAUGUUUGUCACAGUAUAUCCAAACGUCCUGUAGGAAUACUUUCUCAAAGAGUGGAAGAUGUAAAUUCUCACUGUACUGAAUAUGUUAUCUUUUUUAAAUAAAUGGAAAAAUAAUACCCAUGAC